AUGAACUCGUCCAACAACCAGUCCCAGAUCGUAGAGACAUUCAUCAAGAAGCUGCUGGCACAUCUUGACGAAUGUGAAGUUGAAAAGUUACAGCAAUUCUUGCAACUUUUUAAACAACAGGAUUGCAAGAUCAUCGUUAACGCCCAACCUUUUGCACAACCGACAACUUUUCUACAGAUUUGGCAACAGCAAGUUGUUGCAACACAACAUUCUCUUACUUCACUAGACUAUCAUGUUAUACCGGGAACUGGUACCUUGAUGUGCAAUGUGAACUGUAAAGUCCGUUUUGACGAGAGCGGUAAAGAUAAAAUGUACAAUGAUGCAAUAAUCACAGCUCUUGGCUCAGCAUCAGCACCGUCCAAUCCAUCAAAACCUGCUGCAACUAGAAACAGACGUCUGUGGGGAACAUACUAUGGUGUAUCCUUACAAGUCAUUGUUGACGAUGCCAUAUUCAGAAACAACUUCUUAGGUGUCAUAUCUGGCUAUAACUACAACACCGUCUACAAACCAGAUGACUCGCUGAUCAUCAUCUAA